AUGGGGUUGUUUGACAAGCUAGCGGGAUGGCUUGGGCUGAAGAAAAAGGAGGUUCACGUUUUGUGCCUUGGCUUGGACAAUAGUGGCAAAACAACAAUCAUAAAUAGACUUAAACCUUCCAACGCUCAGACUCAGGACAUCGUUCCAACAAUAGGAUUCAGUAUAGAGAAAUUCAAGACAUCGAGCUUGUCUUUCACAGUGUUUGAUAUGUCAGGUCAAGGGAGAUACAGAAACCUCUGGGAACAUUACUACAAAGAAGGCCAAGCCAUUAUUUUUGUCAUUGAUAGCAGUGACAAAUUAAGAAUGGUUGUGGCCAAAGAAGAACUUGACACCCUUCUGAAUCAUCCAG